AUCGCACUCGAGAGGAGUGUGCGUCGGUUUUCGAAGAAUGCCUCAGCCGAUGUAAUUUUUCCGGGAGAUUUUAACUCGUCGCAUUGUUAAAAUGACCAUAAUCGUGUUCCUGAUCGACACUUCGGCGUCAAUGUUGCAAAGGACGUACAUAGGUGGCCGUACUACACUUCUCGACGUCGCGAAAUCGGCCGUCGAAACUUUUGUUAAAAUAAGACAGCGGAGUAUGGACAGUAGAAUUGACCGCUACAUGCUGCUAACUUUCGAGGAAACCCCUAACAAUAUUAAAGCUGGUUGGAAGGAAAAUCUCGCCACUUUUAUGAACGAGUUGAAAAACUUGCAAUGCUAUUCGAUGACCACGAUGGGAGUCGCAGUCAAACAAGCCUUUGAUAUUCUUAAUAUCAACAGGAUGACAUCCGGGAUUGACACUUACGGUCAAGGCCGGUGCCCCUUUUUUCUUGAAACCUCGGUCAUAGUCCUCAUAACGGACGGAGGCAAGCUCACGACCAUCAAUGGGGUCCAUGAGGAGUUCAACUUGCCCAUGCACUCGCCCGUCCCUGGCUCCGAGUUGACCAGGGAACCAUUCAGGUGGGACCAACGCCUGUUUGCGCUGGUUUUGCGCCUUACGGGGACUCCGGCCAUCGAACGCGACACUGGCCUUGUCCCCAGUGACUCCAGCCCCAUCGAUGCCAUGUGUGAAGUGACCGGUGGGCGUUCCUACUGUAUCACUUCCCACCGAAUGCUCAACCAAUGCAUCGAUAGUUUGGUCCAGAAAGUCCAAAACGGUGUUGUAAUAAAUUUCGAGAAAAUAGGACCCGAUCCACCGCCCCCUGUCAUGGAGAAGGGCGAGGACGGGAAAGAGGAGUCGAAAGAUGACGAGUUUGAUCGAAUGAAUCCCCCGAUUCUAUCAACGAAUUGGCACAACUGUCGCAAAAUGAUUUAUGUGCCAAAAUCGAGUAAAUCGUACUGUGUUGGUUUCUGGCCGAUUCCUGAGUCCUUCUGGCCUGAAGUGACCGCCUCAGUGUUACCCGCACGUUCAGCUCACCCUAACAUCAAAUUCACUUGCACAAAUUCCGAACCUUUAGUAAUCGAAAAUCUUCCGUUUGAUAAAUACGAACUUGAGCCUUCGCCCCUGACUCAGUACGUCCUAUCACGGAAACAACCCAAGACUUGUUGGCAAGUUUUCGUGGCCAAUAGUUACAAAAACUCAGAGGUUGGCCACCCUUUCGGGUAUCUGAAGGCCAGUACAAAUCUCAGUUGUGUUAAUCUCUUUGUUAUGCCGUAUAAUUAUCCCGUACUGUUGCCACUUUUGGACGAAUUGGCGAAAAUACAUCGGUGGAAACCGACGAAUGAAUGGAGGACUCAGUUUCAGAAUUAUUUAAGGACGUUACCGGCGUACUAUGCGGGCCCUCUGAGACGUGCUUUAACACGAAUGGGGACGCCGCUAGCUUUGGCACAAACUUUAAUACCGGAAAAUUCCGAAAAUUUGAGUUAUUCCGUCUCGAAUUAUCUCAAAAGGCUUAAAAAUCAAGCGAAAGUUGAGUACGAUAAGCUUUGCAGCGAAAUCACGUUGAGACAAAAUGCCCAAUUAAAUAUGAAGCAAAACUCGGAGCAGAUUAGAGUUAUGCCCAAAGUUACCCUGAAGAAGGAGCUGAUCAGUCACCCCCUCCUCAUGGACAAGUUCAACGCCCACCGCGACCAGCUCCUCGACCAAUCCAAUCCCUUCCACGUGACGCUCGAUAAAGAGCGUCAGAAUGUCAGUUUCAAAAAUCCCUUUGAUAUACCUCGUAACCGUCUCGUUCAACAAGUCGUCCGUAUGCGUAACAAUUUCCUACAACCUGAUUGGAUCUCCCUAGACCAAGAUAGUGCCCAUUCGUUGCCCAUCUCCCAGAUGGGCAACUACCAGGAAUACCUCAAACGUCAAACACCUCAAUUGCGUGAAAUCGAGUCGGCCCCAGUCCGACAACACAUGUUCGGAAAUCCGUUUAAAAUCGACAAGAGAAUGAUGGUCGAUGAGGCCGAUAUUGACUUAGUGGCGUCACCUGGUGCCAACAGAAACAACAAAAGGCCGAUACCUAAUGCCGAUAUGGGGGGCCGCUUGCCCCUCAAACGCAAACCAGGGCCUUUACCUAAGAAUUUCUCGAUUCGGAGACCGAGUGGCGGGGCGACGCCCCCCCUGAGCCCCAUUCCCAUGGCCCCCUCCCCAGUGCCAUGGACGAGCGUGAUCGAGAAGGAGUUGCCGUCCUUUGACGAGCGCCCGACCUUGGUCACCGUCAACGGCCUUGACAGCCCCUCUUCCAGCGAAAGGUCGCGUUCGCCGUCCCCCACUAUGGACAUGCCGUCCUAUAGCGUGAACGAAGUGAAUUAUGCGCGAAAUUCGAACCCUUACAGUUACACGAAUUCAGGUGCCUUAGAUACGGUCACUACGAACUCGUUGAACGAUUUUUAUCCCAGUAUUUGUGACGAUAAGCAGAGUAUUUCGCAGAUUUUGAAAGAGGCGAAUAGUGUGAGUGUCGUUGCGAAUAGUCAGCCAGAAGUCAAACCCAAAAUUACGGCCGAAGAUCUCCAAGAAAUCGAAAAUCAGAAUAACGAAAUACGCAAACACUUGCAUAAGUUAGUGCGAAGGCCUGGUAAAAAUUUCACGGAACUUUUCGAUAACAUAAAAACGUUGAAAGGCAAUAUUGAGAUACAAGUGAAAAUGGUGGAAUUGAUUAUUAAAGAAUCGCUAAGGUUCAAGAGACAGCAUUUGGCGCAUUUGUUAGAAGAGUACAUCCAGAAUUUGUUAAGUUGUGAGAAUAAGUAAGUUGUUAUGUACAUAUUUCUAUUUGAAUUGAUUGAUGUUGAAUUAUUUAUUGAAACGAUUCCUUUAGUUCUUAGGGAACGAAAAUCCUAUUUUCUUGUAAAGUUACGAGAUUUUUAUAAGAAUUAAAUGUAAUUUUUUAUA